CGCACAACCAAACACUUUGCACGGCUUGGUGCGUAAGGAUAUCAGAAACGUCGCUGUAUAUUUUGUCCAAUUUAACUAUAAAUGCAAUAGAGCUACGAUCAGGUAUUACAAAUAGAAUAGAACUAAGGUUUAUUUAUUUUAUUUCAUUGCAUUUUUUGUCUCGCUCCGUGCAGUGAAACCACGCAUGUGUUGAUCUGUGCUGCAGUAACGUGCAUCAGUUCCUCUUUGACCUUAGAGAUAAUCUGCAUUCAGACCGAAGCUCCGAGAUAUUUGCUAGCUGCUGGAUUUUAAGGUUUUCCUGGGCGGCUGCGUUUAUGUAAUUUGUGAAAUGAUUUCUUAAGAUCUGGGAAGCUUGCUUUGAUUUGAUGAGUUCUGACUGCAGCAUAGCUGCAGAUCUCAUAUCGAACACAGAAUACUAAUACGACCUGCUAUGUGUGUAAUGUAUCACAGUGAAGGUACACAGUAAAUACAGGGACACAUCCGUCUGCAAUAAAGAAAGGGGGAAAAGAAGAUGGUGAUCAUGGCUCCUCCAAAUUUAACAUCCAAAUGCUCGACUGCGCUGGCGAAGCCUGUUUAUUCUUUAAGAAUGAUUCUGUGGUCCUUUCUAAUUGCUAAUCUUCCUACGAGCUCUCUACAAAAAGAAGAUGAUGACUAUGAAGAUUUCUCAUCAAACAAAACCUGGGUGUUGACUCCAAAGGUUUAUGAGAGUGAUGUCACUCACAUUUUAAAUAGCUUGCUGGAUGGAUAUGACAACAAGCUGAGACCAGAUAUAGGAGUCAAACCAACUAUCAUUCACACAGACAUGUAUGUGAAUAGCAUUGGUCCUGUGAAUGCUAUAAAUAUGGAAUAUACAAUUGAUAUAUUUUUUGCACAAACCUGGUAUGAUAGACGUUUGAAAUUCAAUAGCACGAUGAAGGUGCUCAGGCUUAACAGUAACAUGGUGGGCAAAAUUUGGAUCCCUGACACCUUCUUUCGGAACUCAAAAAAGGCAGAUGCUCAUUGGAUAACAACACCCAAUCGAAUGCUUAGGAUCUGGAACGAUGGGAAGAUACUGUAUACACUAAGGUUAACUAUUGAUGCUGAGUGCCAGUUAAAACUGAACAAUUUCCCCAUGGAUGAGCAUUCCUGUCCUCUGGAGUUCUCAAGCUAUGGCUAUCCAAGAGAAGAGAUUAUCUACCAGUGGAAGAGGCACUCUGUUGAGAUUGGAGACACUCGAUCAUGGAGGCUUUACCAAUUCUCCUUUGUUGGCCUGAGAAAUACAACUGAGGUUGUGAAGACAACAUCAGGAGAUUAUGUGGUGAUGACAGUCUUCUUUGAACUAAGCAGGAGGAUGGGGUAUUUUACAAUUCAAACCUACAUUCCCUGCACUCUGAUUGUUGUGCUGUCCUGGGUGUCUUUCUGGAUUAAUAAGGAUGCAGUGCCUGCCAGAACAUCCUUAGGAAUCACAACUGUCCUGACAAUGACCACACUGAGUACAAUUGCCCGUAAAUCCCUUCCCAAAGUUUCCUAUGUGACUGCGAUGGAUUUGUUUGUCUCUGUUUGCUUUCUUUUCGUUUUCGCUGCUCUGAUUGAAUACGGGACCUUGCACUACUUUAUCAGCAACAGGAAACCGAGCAAACCGGGCAAGAAGAGGAAAAAUCCUCUCCUUCGGCUGUUUUCUUCAAAGACGCCCACUGUUGAUAUUCGACCACGCUCUGCCACAGCCAUUCAGAUGAACAAUGCCACGCACCUUCAGGAGAGAGAUGAGGAGUAUGGGUAUGAGUGUCUGGAUGGCAAGGACUGCUCCAGCUUCUUCUGCUGUUUUGAAGACUGCCGAUCAGGGGCAUGGCGGCACGGUCGAAUACACAUCCGCGUCUCCAAAAUUGACUCCUAUGCCCGCAUCUUCUUCCCUACUGCCUUUGGUUUGUUUAACCUAGUAUACUGGAUCUCCUAUCUCUAUCUUUAGGGUAAUAGAUGUAGCUGGCCUUAAUAUCAAAAUCCACUUGCAAGACCAUAUCUUUUUUGACCCCUAGCAAAACAAGCGUACAGUGUCUGUCUUUUUUAUUAUUUAAAUUGUAUUGAUCUUAUUAUUGUUAUUAUUUUUGUAUUAUUAUUUUUCGAGCCUUAGUUUAGAUCCAACAAAAAUGUGUAGCAAAUUUCCAAAAGGAGUUGAAUUCUGUACAGAUGCAGCUAGACUGUGACAUUGUCUCAUUGAUACCUUCAUGGCUAGGACAGGUACGGAUUAACGAGACAAAGUCAGAUGCUGUAACCUAAAUCCAGUGCUUGUGAAUGCAGCUCAGGAAGGUAUACAGUCAGGCUUUCUCAUGCACGUUUUCAUUCUACUGUUGCCUUUUUCUAGAGACCCCUAAACACAGGCUGCUGGAGUAAGCAAUGUCAUUGUCUGAUUAGCUUGUUGUCAAGAAAUACAAAUUACAGCCAAUAGAUCUGCAAGAUGAUUUUUUCGAUCCUUUUUUUUUUCUUAACAAUGGUUUAGUAUAUUUAAAAAAAAUGUGUGCAAUGGCCAAUUGAAAGAGACUACUGUAUAGCAAAUGAAUAAACCAGUAUUUAAGAAUAUUAAUCAGGAAGUCGUGCCUGCUUAUCUAUGGAGCUUCAGUUGUUUUAUGAGUUCCAUAACUAUAUCGGGAUUACAGACCUGACUGUAAAAGCUUAAAGUGAUCACUCCUUGCCUUUAAUGGUGUGGACAGGGCUAUAAAAAUAUAUGGUCUAUAAUAAAAUGUAAAAAUGCUGUAAAUAUUUGAAUAGAAUGUAGUGGUUUCAAUUUACUGCAUGCAUUUUUCAGGCCAAAAAAAAAAAAAGAAAAUAUGUACUUUGGUCUUUUGUUCUGUUGUCUAUGGAAAACUCCUGUAAAUUAAACUGGAUUCAUUUUUUAAUUUUUUUCUCUGCCCAUUUCCAAUGCACAUGAAAUCUGAUCAGGUAAAUGCAGCAUCAGAUGCAAACUGUUCAAAGUGUUUAAAAAAAAAAAAAAAAAAAAAAGAUACAUGAAUUGCAUACAAACCCUAGGAAUACAUUUUAAUCAUGGUGUCUCUAUCAUUAGAGCAGCUUAAAAAUAAAAAAAAAUCACUGAAAACAAAAACGAUGAUAUCUGAACACAAUUACUUGUAUACAAUUCCACAAUUGUUACCUGCAUCGCAAGUGUUGCUUGUUUUGUAACUUGAUGCUUUACAAAAGCUGCUAAAAAUAAAUCUAAUCUUAGGUAAGUGGCCAUCAGUACACUGUAUAUCACUGUUUUAAAGACAAUGUAAUGGUACUGAGGCUGCAAUGUUGUACCCAGCCCCAUUCUAGCUUUGCCUUGUCCUUCCAAUGAAUUUUCCCCUAGCGGUCAUUUUCUCAUUGUCCAUGUCCCUUCAUGUGUAGAAAUAUUAUUUGCUCUGGCAUGGCUUACAGUAAUCCAUCAUAUACAUGUUGUGUCCUAGCAUAGCAAGACUAUACCUGACAGAAAAAAAAAAAUGACCACAGGUUCAAAGGGCCCCAGAGCAACAAACUAAUAAUACAGAGAAAGCAUUUGAACUGUCAAAUCACUCAUGCGAUGAAAGGAAAAUGCUCAGUUUCUGGGACAGGUGAAUAGUUACUUGCAUCACAAAAAGGUGUGUGCUUUUUUUCUUUAUUGGUAUAUCUGCCAGUACAACAUCUUAAAUCCCAAAGCCUGGGAAAAGUAAUGUUUUCAUUGGCUUUAAUGGCAUGGAUGAGUUGGGUUGAUUCUUUAUGCCUUAUGUUUUACAAGGAACACAGUGUUGAAAUGAUCAUCCGAUUGGAACGUUGUAAAUUGGGAACAGUACAUGAUACACCAGUUUCCUGUCAAGCAGUGUGAAAGCAAGAUUAGUUCUAUUGUAUAAUUUGCAUAAUUUCUAACCGUUAUCUGAAGCAUAACCUAUAAACUAACUAACAAACCUCCUGUUUAAUUCCUAUCGGAUUUUAUGAAACGCACAUAACUUCAUGAUACAUUCCAUAUAUUUGUUUGGUCUUCUCAUUAAACUCAUCCUCUUUUUUUAUUUGAAGCACUUGGAAGAGGGCAAACAUUUUGUGAUUAUAAAGUAAUAUUUUU